UUUUGUUUAUUUAUUUCAGUGUGAAUUUUUUUCUGUAGCGGUUCGGCCCGAAUCUCACAUUUCCCACUGUUGAUAUUUACUCCGGAAUUUCAAUUCGUCAUUCAAUCUUUGGGAGUGUGCAUCGCCAAACCCCUGUGUUUUUUUGGAAUUUUUAAUUUAUUCCCCCAAACAAUAAUUAUUACUCAAUUAUUAAUCAAGUGCCCAAUUUCAUUUUAGGAACAGAAUUAUGGGGGGUCUUUUUUCAAAAAAGAAAUCCUCCGAGUCUCGGGUCACAGAGCAAGAUAAAGCAGUUUUGGAGCUGAAAAAGCAACGAGACCAGCUUAAGCAGUACCAGAAGAAUAUUCUUACUAAUUUGGAGAAAGAACGAGAAUUGGCGAGAAAAUUAUUGUUGGAGGGGAAGAAAGACCGUGCCAAACUCCUUCUAAAAAAGAAACGCUUUCAAGAAUCUAUUCUAGAAAAGUCUGAAAAACAGUUGGACAAUAUUGACGAGAUGUGUCACUCUCUAGAAUUUGCCCAGAUAGAGAUAAAGGUACUGGAUGGACUAAAGUCUGGAAACGAAGCUCUCAAAAAGGUUCACGACAUGAUGUCGAUUGACGAUAUUGAAAAGAUCCUGGAAGAGACGAGAGAAGGGGUGGACAAGCAGAAUGAAAUUGACGCCCUGUUGAGUGGUUCUUUAAGCCCGGAGGACUUGGAGGAAGUGGAAACUGAACUGGAGAAAAUUAUGGAGGAAGAGAACAUUCAGAUGCCCAAAGAUGUGCCGUUAUCUCCAGCUGAAUCUGAAGCUUUGUCUCUCCCAGAAGUCCCAGAGACUCCGUUGCCAGAAAUUCAAGAGAAAGAACGGCCAAUUAAGGAUGGGAAAAAGGUCUUGGUUCCAGCGUCGUGAACAAAAGCUGACGUAGAUGGUGAUAAAACGACAUCUCGUUCAGAUAUACACUUAUUGCUACUACUACUACCAUACUGCUACGUACUACUUUUAUGCUACAAAAAGCUGCUGCUACUAAGCUAUGAUGCUGCAUUACCUAACAACCCAUGUAACCUACCUAACUGAAAAUGUGAAGUGAAAAGUGAAACAAUCACCUUACUCGAGCCGAGUCAAUAGAAAGAGUUAAACAUUGCAUGAAUUAAUUAAUCAUAAGAAUUAAAUACGACACAGUUCCUUUAUAAUUCUUAUUUGUUGGACUCAGUCAAGGUUCAGUCAGAUUAUUUUACUGGUAAUUAAAUUUGGUUAUCUUAGAAUAUUUAAUUGUUCAAUGUGUGGUAUAUAUCCCUCCUUAUCAAUUAAAACGUUUUGUGUCACAUUAAUACAACCUCAAUUUUAGAUUGUAUAAAACACGCAAUCAUCUUUCAUGAUUGCUCAAAUAGAUCUUUAGGCUAGGGCAGGAAGCAAGCUAAUGUAUGUAUCUUACACAAUGUAAAUGAACAGCCACUGGAAUUGGCAAAUUUGAAACGACUUCCUCAUACAUGUAUAGACUGCUACUAAUUAUUCUCUGUAAAAUUUGCUACUACUCAUGUAUAAUGAAUUUCAUAACAACUCUUUUCUUUACUGCAAAAAAUGCUUUAAAUGUUUAGAAUCAUCCAGGCAGAUAAUAAGAAUAUAACACUAAUAAUUUAGUGUAAUAGGUUUACUAUACGCCAUUGUUUGUUGGAUGGAACUUGGAAGCAGUGCUGAGUUUAAUUAACUUGCAUAAAUACUAUGCAUGCACCACAUACAUACUUGUAUAUUGUUGUUAUAUGUAUUGUACUAUGUAUGAAUAAAACAUCGCGCUUUCAUUAGUCCUUACAACACUAAUUUCGUAAUUAAAUAGCAACUAAUGAUGAUAUUAUGAAUAUAAUAGGCUGAUUCAAUGUGUAGAUAAUAGAAACUGAAAAUUUUUACAUUUGUUAUGUAACCUCACUACUAAAUAAUGAUGUGAAUCUCUAGUCUUACUACCACUGAUGUUGUUGUCAUUCAUUGUUGUAAUAAUGGUUAUUUUGCCUAUUAGAAAUAUUUUAUUAUAUGUUAGUCAUUUUCGUCCAAAUAGUAAAUAUAUAUACACGUGUAGGCUACACGGAAAGACAAAUAGUCAGCGACUCAGCGUGUUACCAAAAAUUAAUGUUUAAAAAAUAUUUCAAGAAACGACUGGAGAAUUACUUACAAAGCAACUGUAUGUAGAUUGAAUAUUAGUUAAUGCCUUAAAUAUCUCUACACGUGCCGUGGAUAUUCUCUUAUCAAGCUUACAUUAUGUGCUUUCGUACUCAUAUCUCUCUUGACCUUGGGGUCAAGUCGACGCUAUAAAUAUUACCACUAUGCAUUAUUGCUGCUGCUACUACUACUACUACGCUAUGAAAUAUUUUCGUUAAGCUUUAUUCUUUAGAGUUGGUUGUGUAAUACCAAAUAAUAUUGACGAUUAUUACGUGUCCAUCCAUCUUGUCCUGAUCGUCUCAUAACGUUACCUCUGACUAUAUGAUAUUAUUAUGACGUUAUUUUAAAGCAUCAAGACUCUCAGCUAUUUAGUUAGCUUAAUUCUCUUCUGUUGCUUAAACUUAUUCAAAACUGAAUAAAUUGAUUGAUUUAUCACUACUGCUAAUAAUGAA